CACACAAGGAGCCUUUGAUAGCCACUGGAGCGGACCCAGUGCAUAUCAAGCAGCGCCCUGCAGUAAGAGAGUAAUUGGGGCGAUAUACCCGUGACAAAGAACAUCAUUUAGGGAGGAAACAUUAUGACACCUUUGUUCUUUAACGAAGAAGGGUUAGUAGCAACAGUCACCAUUAUCACCAAACAGAUGUGAAGGGAAUGUGCCGCGGGUGCGCACUAGCCAGAACUACAGAGCCCGCAUGAUCAUCGAUUCGCGCUUUGAUUUUGUGCUGCGUUCGUGAAAAAAGAAGAGAAGGGAACCGGGGUAAAACAUAAUCAAAAAGGAGAUUUUUUUGAUUCCAAGCAUGGUGACCAGGAUAUUAUACUUGUUCGUUUGGUCUGCGGUAUUUCUUGCUGAGCUGCAGUGCGCCUCGCAAAUGACCACGGCAGGACUUGCAUUCCCCACUGCGGGGCUUGGCAACAGCAGCAGCAGCGGGGAUGCCAGAAGCAAAAAAGACUCCAACCAGACCUACAACUCCCGACUCAAGAGGAAAAACCUGGCCAUGGAUUUUGCAGUGCCCUCUCUGUUGCGCUACUACAUUACCGAGUUGAUUAAACGUCCACUUAACGGAGAUUGUCUGACUUUUAGUGGGUGCUAUACGGUGCGCGCUAAUUUAAGGAUGCACUGCAUUCCCUUACAAAAAACGGUGGCUACUUUUGUUGACCCAAAGUUGGUUGCAAUCGAUAGCAUGGCGGCAGAGAAUUCAACCAGUGUUGGUGGACAGCUUCCGCAACCAGUGCUGCUGGACGGCUACAAGAGGCCGCUGUCUAAAGUUCUGAAUUUGGGUUUGACGAAAGCCAGCCGUAAAUCGAAUCAAGUUGUGGUGGAAAUUGGGGAGGACUUGGUUAAAACGGGAUGCGGUGGACUGGCAGUCUACGAGGAAGACCCGGUAUUUUUCCUGGAAAUUGACCUAACAAAUAUUUUGGAAUGGUGGUUCGGCGCCGAAGGGGGCCGGCUAAGAGUCCGGCUUAUGCCAGAAAAGAAAGCACAGGUUCCCGGGAGAGAGGACAAGUACACGGCGGCGAUACGAGCAGCAGACCCCCGCCUCUUUUUUCAUAUAGCCUCCGGAGUGGCAUCAACUCUCAGUAGAGGAUAUGGGCCAGGCAGCAAGCGUUACUGGAACUUCUCCUGGCUGGCCGAGGAUGAGCUAAACUCCCCCAAGGCCGUAGCGCCAACGUCAGAUACGGGGUGCCCCGGCAACAGGAAGUCAUGUGACCACCCGCAGCCUGAGGAUAACCCGGAUUUCACGUGGAGCGUGGUGGCGGCAGAGAACCACUGGGAAGAGGGGAAUGGGAGGAGGGAGAAGAAAGGAGGAAGUACACAGGGCUGGGAGGAAGGUCAGUUCCUGUGGGUGAAUGGCUCUGCCUUGGCAGGUCCAUGGGUCCUGAGCCCCUGGCUGUGGGGAGGUUGGGACCCCUGUGGGAUGGACAUGGCCGUGUUCCUGCACCCCCUGCAGAGCGGACGGUACACGGUGUGGCUCAUUGAGAGGGACAAAAAUCCGCUAGCCCUCUUGUCCACUGACAUGCUGCCGCCCAUCACAGGCUGGGCAGUGGUCCACCUCACCCUGAGGUCCCGUGGAAUGGCGACCUUCAGGAUCCAAGCCAGCUAUGACCGGCCGAGCGAACAGGAUGCCACCGCCACAAUCAAACCGGGCUUCACCACCAACUGCACCAUGGAUCUCUCCCCUUUCCACAACAUCCCCCUCCAGGGCCAGUACCAUUGUCACCAUGCCGGGGUCCCUCUGGGACAGUUGUGUGACUUCACGAUGGACUGCCCACUCGGCGACGACGAAGGGGACAUGUGCAGUCAGUUUCUCAUUGGCAGCUAUUGCUCCUUCGAGGAUGGUGAGUGCGGUUGGCAGCCAAUAGCGGCCAAGGGAUCCUCCUGGAGGCGUGUCCACACCCCGCCAAAGGGGGUGCGGCCAAGCUGUUCAUCAUCCUCAGGUGCCAUGUUCAGUGUGGAUGGAGGGCAGUCCAAGGGUCAUCAGGUGUCAACGUUGCUCAGGAGCCCUCUCUUCCCCCCUCCCCUACGGAACUCUCGAUGUGAGGUACGGUUCUUGAUGUGUUCUGGAGGUGGCCAGAGAGGGGCACUGUCUUUGUGGCUGGUGGAAAACAGCACACGACCAGAGGAGCAGCGCAGACUGUGGUACUCUGCCAACGAGCCCAAGACCAAGAAAGGCUGGAGACGCAUUAUCGUUCCUCUCUAUGGACUUGUUGACUGGUUCUGGCUCCAGUUCAGUACUGACAAUGGAUCAGGUCCAGGAUCAGCGAUUUGUCUGGAUAACAUCUCCUUCAGUAUGGACUGCUUCCUGGCCUCCAAUGGUGAAUUUCCUCCAACGGUAACCAGCACCACUAAACUGCCAUUGAAACCAACCAAUCCGAACGUUAAAACAACCACCCCGUCCAAUGGAAACUCAAGAACAUUGUCAGACCUUCCUACUCCAACUGACUCAACGAAAUGGGCCUUUCACACUUGUGGGGCAGUUGGUUCAGAGGGGCCCACCCCAACCCAGUGUACCAGCUCCUAUCGGAACAGCAAUGUCAAUGUUAAUGUGGCAACCAGAAGCCCAUUCAAAGGCAUCCAAAUCUGGAGGGUACCAGAGACUGGCAUCUACAGGAUCACAGCUUGUGGGGCGGCUGGCGGUCGCAGUGUAUUGGCCAUGACCAAGUCACAUGGUGUCCAACUCACAGCGGACUUCCUGCUUCAGAAGGGCGAGUUGCUUUAUUUCCUGGUGGGCCAAAAGGGAGAGGACGCUUGCCCCAAUACCAACGGGACACUGAACAAGAUCUGUGUAGAGCAGACACCAUUGGACAAGAAGACACAAGUCAAAGGGGGCGGAGGCGGAGGAGGAGGAGCCACCUAUGUGUUCAAGGUGGGGAGGGGUGUCCACAUCCCCCUGAUCAUCGCAGGUGGAGGUGGGGGACGUGGGUACAGCAGCCAAUCAGACAGCCAGAAUGAGUUAAUGGAUGACCCCAAUGUACCAGGGCGUAACGGGAAGUCUGGAGCGGCAGGUGGAGGCGGAGGUUGGAAUGACAGUAACCCUGGGUCUCUGGGUGGGAGACCCCUAAUACUUGGAGGCCAGGGGGGGCAACCGUGCCAGAAGUUGGGCUGGAAGACCCGAGGGGGCUUCGGGGGAGGGGGAGGCCCCUGUACAUCCGGUGGUGGAGGAGGGGGGUAUAGAGGUGGCAGCACCUCUGAAGCAAAUGACCCAAAGCAGGACGGGGGUGACGGUUCCUCUUUCACCAACCCAGAGGGAGAGAUCUUCCUGGAUGCUCUGAAAGGGAUGGAAAGUGAUGGAGAAGUGAUCAUCUGCCCCGUGCAGAACUGUAGCCACUGUGAGACGGGCGAGUGUCAUGAGAACGAGGAGGGGACAAUGUGUUACUGUGACGAGGACCUCGAACUUGCCCCCGACGGUGUCUCUUGUGUCAAUGCAUCAACAGAGGUGUCUCCGCUGCCACCCCAGCCCUCCCUGUCCCAUCUGGCCCUGGGUCUGUCUGUGGGGACCUCAGCCCUCAUCGCUGCCCUGCUGCUAGCUGUGUCUGGAGUCAUGAUCAUGUACAGACGGAAGCACAUAGAGCUACAGUCCAUUCAGCUGGAGCUCCAGAGCCCAGACUGUAAACUGAGCAAGCUGAGGGCCUCCACCAUCAUGACCGACUACAACCCCAACUACUGCUUCGCUGGGAAGACCGCCUCUGUCAACGACCUGAAGGAGGUGCCCCGACGCAACAUCUCCCUAACCAGGGGACUGGGACAUGGUGCCUUCGGUGAGGUGUAUGAAGGGAUGGCAGUGGGGAUACCUGGAGAGUCCAAUCCCAUGCAAGUAGCAGUUAAGACACUCCCUGAGGUGUGCUCUGAGCAGGAUGAGCUUGACUUUCUCAUGGAGGCUCUCAUUAUCAGUAAAUUCAGCCACCAGAACAUAGUGCGGUGUAUAGGGGUGAGUCUUCAGGCCCUGCCACGCUUCAUCCUACUGGAAUUGAUGGCUGGAGGAGACCUCAAGAGUUUCCUGAGAGAAACGCGGCCCAGACUGGAGCACCCCUCUAGUCUCUCCAUGGUGGACCUGCUCAACGUGGCCAGAGAUAUCGCACAGGGAUGCCAAUACCUGGAGGAGAACCAGUUUAUACACCGGGACAUUGCAGCUCGGAACUGCCUGCUGACCACCAAAGGACAGGGGAGAGUGGCCAAGAUAGGGGACUUUGGAAUGGCCAGGGACAUUUACAGGGCGAGCUACUACAGAAAGGGUGGGCGCGCCAUGCUGCCUGUGAAGUGGAUGCCUCCCGAAGCUUUCAUGGAGGGGAUCUUCACAUCCAAAACAGACACGUGGUCCUUUGGGGUUUUGCUAUGGGAGAUCUUCUCUCUGGGCUAUAUGCCCUAUCCCAGUCGCAGUAACCAGGAAGUGUUGGAGUUUGUCACCAGUGGGGGAAGGAUGGACCCUCCCAAAAACUGCCCAGGGCCCGUGUACCGAAUAAUGACACAGAGUUGGCAGCAUCAACCGGAGGACAGGCCCAACUUCUCCACCAUCUUGGAGAGGAUUGACUACUGCUUACAGGACCCCGAUGUGGUGACUGUUACCUUGCCUGUGGAAUAUGGGCCCCUCCCCGAAGCGGAGGAGCGGGUGCCCAUGCGCCCUGAGGAUCUCACGGCUUCUCCCCUGCUGGUGUCCACUCAGAUGCCCGACGGGGAGGGCCCUGCACCGCCACCCUCUGCCCCCGACUCCAACGAGGAGAAACGAAGAGUCAAGCAGCCCCUCCUCCUUUCCAGCCAACCCCCCGAAACUAUCAAGCCCCAGAUGAUGGCGCAACAACCCCAGUUCUACCCCCACCCUCAGACAUUCACCACAACCACCAUCACAGCCACCUCCUUCAUCUCCACCUUCAAGGCGCCUCCCCCCAUCUCCACCCAGCAGCCCAACCCAGAGGGGGGCCACAUUAAUCUGGCCUUCACCCAGGGUUACCCUAAGGAUAAGGAUGGUCACAAUGGGAAGCCCACCAACCUGUGGAACCCCACCUAUGGCUCCUGGUUCCUCCAGCAGCAGCAGAGGAAGCAGCAGCAACAACAGCAGCAGCAGCAAAGGCUGGGAGACAUGGGCAGUGGAGGUGGGGGGGUUGGAGGUGAGAGGGUUCCGGGCGAGGGGCAGGAGUACCAGGGUCGGACUGUGGCCGAGGCUGCGGGGGCCCUGGGUCUCCAGCAACUGCAGCACAAGCAGCAGCAGUUCCAGCCACCGUAUCCCUUCCAUCCACAGCAGCAACAGCAUCAACAACAGCAGAUGCAGCUCCUGCACCACCAACAGCAGCAGCAACAGCAGGGGCUCUGCAAGCCCCUCUUGCGCCCUCCGCCCCCACCCCAGGUCACCUUCUCGGAUAUCACUGCCCCUACCCCGCUCCUGUUAGAUUCUGCCACCCUCCCCCCAGUCCCCCUCUUCAGACUUCGCCACUUCCCCUGCGGGAACAUCGGCUACGGCUACCAGGAGCAAGGGUUGCCCCUGGAGGCGACCCACCACCACACUAACCCUGUCAACCCCCAUACUCCCCCGACUCCUCUUCCCCCGCCACCCGUGGCCCUCCAGAGAGGAGUGGAGGGGACCCAGCUGUCGCUGAGCUGCUCGACGACGGCCAAAGCCGAGGACAGCCGUCCGCUGCUGGUCACCAUGGGGACGGUGCAGGACCCCAGGCUGCCCCGGAUGGAGGGCCACAAUGCCACGGUGCUUUAGCCCAACCUCCAUCUUUAUUUUUGUCUCUCACUUCAGAGACCAUGUGUAUAGGCAGACAGUCGUACAGCCAGACUAGAUAGUACACCGUGCAACAUUGUGUCAGGACAGUACCCGCCGCCUUACGACCACCCCCCUCCCGUCUCGACGCCUUGGUUUCAUCCACAGAUUGGAUUGACCCAUCUUUAACUGGCCAAUGGUUGCGGAGUCAAAAAAAGUAAAAUUAUCUCUAAAAUGGUUGCGGAAAUACCAAUGGGUGUUAAAGUAACUGCCCAGUGUUUCCAGAUUUCUAUGAAAUUUGACUUAUAAUUACUUACAAUACGAGAGAAAUAGUUUUCCUUCCAAAAAUGGUUAAAUGAGUAUGUUAAAAAGUAGCUUUUCUGUGUUUGAACGGUGUGUGCAUACCCCAACAACAGAAUGGUGUGGACUUAUACCAGUCAUAAACAAUAGUCACGUAAAUAGCCCACUGAUUGGCCAGCUCAUCCUUCUCCAGACCACUGAUUGGCCAGCUCAUCCUCCUCAGGGAGACGAUAUGUUCUAUGAGGAAAUAGCAACCAUUUUUUGAAGAGUUUUGAAGUGCCCCCCCCAAUUCAUGCUUUGGCCACAAAUACGAGUAUCGGAUGAGUCAACAAGAUUAACAGAAUGUUAAUGGGCAGUUCACUGGGCAGUUACUUUAAAGCACAUUGUAGAGCUUCAAAGACCAUUGGGAAGAAAUAGUUGUGGACCAUUGGCUAGAAAAACAGGAACGAUGGACAUUUUGCAACACCUGCUAAAAUGUAGCCCCUAAGGGAGUGAUACACUAUAAGAAGAGAGCGGGCUGAAUGAGUUGUCAGCUAUUGUAACAGGACAGGGUGAAAUGUUUCCAUCUGGUUGAACUAGUUAAUUUAUCCGCAAUGUUUUCACGAGUCGACCGCUUAUCUUUGUGGCUCUGUAGAUGUCAAUGCAGCCUUUCAUCACAAGUCAUUUGGGAAACAAACAGUUUGUGUUUCACAAUCAAAUACAUGUAGAACAUGGUAACUGAGAACAAUACACAUCUGUCAGAUGUCUAACUGACUGUAGCAUUAAUUAACUUAUUUGGCCGUCAAUCAUUGCAGUUCAUCCAUUUCCUUUGGGAUUUCUGGCCUUGGCAGUUGGUUCAACAAACAGAAAUGAUUUUUUACAAGAAUAUUGUGAGAAUUGUACACUGGAUUCCGGAGAUGAUGAAAGUGUUUGUUGAUGUUUGCCUGCCUUCUCAUUUAUUUAUUAUUUUGGGAACUCGGUAUAUUAUUAAAUGGACCCACUUCUUAUAACCAUCCAUAUCCAAAUUCAUUUGACAUUGGUUAGCUAUUUGGCUAAUUGUUGGGGGGUGUAAUGGUGCCAUAAGCACUGCAUGUGGGUGGCUAUUUUUUAACUUUAAGGUGCGUGUGUAAGGGGCAUUCAUCUGUGUGUGCAUAUGUUUGUGUGUUUGAGAGAGAGGAAGAGAUGGAGGGAGAAGGGGAGAAAGAAAGAGAGAUAAAGAAUGUUAUUUGAGGCACAAUACUAUGGGGCUUACUUUAUACCGUUUAUUCAGGCAAGUUUACCUUCCAUUUCUCAUAUGUAUAUAUUAUGGCCCUCUAAGGAAAGACAGCAAUUAGUGUUCCAUCAACUUCCAUGGACACAUAGUUGGAGAUUAAUUUAAUUUGAAAGUGUGCUUUUAAAAUAGGAAAUGUUGGCAUUUUUGCUGGGGGCCUUUUUUCAACGACCUUUUCUUGAUUCAUAACUUUUUUUUGUUGUUGCCUUACCCAGCAACUAUAUUUAACAUUGCUGAAUAGGUCUUUACCCCUAAACUGCUGUUUUAAAGUACUCAAUGUUAAUACAUUUGCAUAAUUUAUAUUUUCUAUUUUAAGAACGACUACUGUAGAAUAUAAAGUAUUCUGAGUGAAAAGUUUGAAUACAAAUUGCUUGUGGUCCACUUGUGAAAAAUCUAUGGUUAAUAUUUUGUGAGGAUCCAACUUCUUACGCCAUCAGUUAUCAACAAUGUCUACAUUUACAUUCAAUGUGCAUAGCCUCAACAUUGUCAAUGCGGUCUGCUUUUAUACAUUCAAAAAUAUUGUGAUUAUGAAUUAAUUUUAAUGUACAGUGCAAAUCUACUUUCAUGUACUUAAGUCUCAAAUGGACAUGAGUGCUAGUCUAUGCUAAGCUGAAGUUGAUUUGAGUGUAUCCAGGAAGUGCCAAUAUGUCAGUUGUUUGCCUGGCUAUGUUGUUAACCCUUUACUUGAACACUCUUUCAUAAAGCUUUACAAGCUGUUGUAGUAAAAACAUUUGAUAACACAAGGUGUUGUUUGGUUUAUGCUUAUGAUAGACGGUUCAAGUAACAUGUUGCACUAUUGCUCAUCUCCAGUGGCUGUGUUCACAUAAUUUUCUGUUUCUUUGCAGCCACUCAUCUGAACUCUGUUGCUCCUUGUAAAAACCAACUGAAUUGCAUCUGUAACAUGUUGUAAUUAUGAUGUAUUGUACUAUGACUGGUAACCUCUGUAUGUUGCCCUUCAGAUGACAUCUGCCAAAAUUAAUAAAUUACUAUA